CCGCAGCGCCGCCGCAUGCCCGCCCUCGCUCCCGGCAGCCCCGCUGCUGCCGCCAGGAGUUCCGGCGGGGGCCGAGCCCGCUGGGCGCCCGGGGCCGUGCUGCGUACCGGACUGCAUCUCCCGGCGUGCACCGCUGCUGCCGCCGGUAGUUCCGGCGGGGCCGCGCCGCGUACCGGACUGCACCUCCCGCAGCGCCGCUGCUGCCGGCAGUGGUUCCGGCGGGGCCGCGCCGCGUACCGGACUGCACCUCCCGGCGCGCACCGCGCGGAGCCGCGGGUCUCGCGGGAUCCGCCGGCGGCGCUGCGGGAGGAGGAGCAGAAGAUGGCGCCGCGCCGGGGCGGCCUCCUCUGCCUGCCCAUCUCCCUGCUGCUCCUGGCGAGCGGCGGCGGCAGCGCUCGGGCGGCCGGGCCGUCACCCGCCGCCUCGUCCGAAGCCUUUGACUCCGUUCUGGGCAGCACGGCCUCGUGUCACCGCGCCUGCCAGCUGACCUACUCCCUGCACACCUACCCCAAGGAAGAGGAGCUGUACGCAUGCCAGAGGGGCUGCAGACUCUUCUCCAUUUGUCAGUUCGUGGAUGAUGGCAUCGACCUGAAUCGGACCAAGCUGGAGUGUGACUCUGCCUGCACUGAAGCAUACUCCCAGGCUGAUGAACAAUAUGCUUGCCAUCUUGGAUGCCAGAACCAGUUGCCAUUUGCCGAGUUAAGGCAAGAGCAAUUAAUGUCCCUGAUGCCAAGAAUUCAUCUUCUCUUUCCUCUGACACUGGUGAGAUCAUUCUGGAGCGAUGUGAUGGAUUCAGCUCAGAGCUUCAUAACGUCCUCGUGGACUUUCUACCUUCAAGCAGAUGAUGGAAAAAUUGUCAUAUUCCAGUCAAAGCCAGAAGUACAGUAUGUUCCACAGCUCGAGCAGGAAGCUGCAGAUUCAAGAGGAUCCUUGUCACUGGGUAAACCAGCCUCAGACCUCCAUCCAGGGAGUUCACAGCCAUACAGAGGCCUCUUUGAAGAGCAAGGAACCGACAGCUUUUUCAAGUGUCUUUCCAUAAAUUCCAGUUGGAUAUUAACCACCACGCUGGUGCUGUCAGUGUUGGUGCUGCUCUGGAUCUGCUGUGCCACGGUAGCCACAGCUGUGGAGCAGUAUGUUCCCUCGGAGAAGCUGAGCAUCUAUGGAGAUUUGGAAUACAUGAAUGAACAAAAACUGAACAGAUACCCCUCCUCUGCACUUGUUGUGGUUAGAUGCAAGAGUGAAGAGCAUGAAGAAGCAGGACCUCUUCCUACAAAAGUCAAUCUGGCUCAAUCAGCAAUCUAAGAAAUAGGUCUUCUUUGGAUCCAAUAGACUUAAUUCUAACAGAGCUAGCAGCUCCUGAUUGUUUGUGGUGGUUCUUCAGAUAAGAAGCUUAGCAGCCAGUCUUUCAAUGCAAAUAAAGUUGCAGAAUCAA